CAUCUCUGGAUUCUUCACGAAAAAAGUACAACGUGCUCGUUUUUUCGUCUCCGACUUUAUUAGAAAAACUUAUUUAGCAAAAAAAUGGGCGUACAAGUUGUUCCAAUCACUCCCGGCGAUGGCAGCACAUUCCCCAAGAAUGGCCAAAAGGUCUCAGUGCAUUACACUGGCACUUUGGACGAUGGCAGCAAGUUUGAUUCGUCGCGCGAUCGCAACAAGCCAUUCAAGUUCACCAUCGGCAAAGGCGAAGUUAUUCGCGGCUGGGAUGAGGGUGUGGCUCAGUUGAGCGUUGGCCAGCGUGCCAAGCUUAUCUGCUCGCCCGAUUAUGCCUACGGAAGCCGUGGUCAUCCAGGUGUCAUUCCUCCCAACGCUACCCUGACUUUCGAUGUGGAGCUGCUCAAGGUCGAAUAAAUGCCGCACCGCAGUCUCCGUGCAUUUGUGUGUGUUAGCAAAUAAUACCAAUGAACUUUAUACACACACACACCAACUCAAUCCCAAGUCAUGAAAAGCAUGAAGAGUACCAAACAAGAACAAUCCAACAGCAUUUUAACUCUAUUCAAAAUUAGAUUUAAUUGCCAAAACAUACACAAGAUUUAUGAAAAUGGAAAACGCAUCAUCUACGCAUACAAAUAAACAUUUAUUCAAAUGAAAUUAAA